AUGCUUUCAGCAGACUCCAUUGAGGAUCUUUACAAUAGUCUAAAGGAAAUUGGACAUGAAGAGGUCGAAAUUUUCCAAGACCACUCUUCAAAGCUUGCAAUCGACGAAAAUAAGUCUGGAAAACAGGACAUUGUGAACAGAUUUCUUGAGCCCUCCAAUGUGCUGUCCUGGGACUUGUUGGACCUUUUUCAAGAUGUUCCUGAGAUGAACUUUCUCGGCGACGAAACCAAUCCCCGGGCAAAAGAUUAUGACUACAAAGAGUUUCUUGAGAUUCCUGAUCUAAUUAAUAGAACAUCGUAUCAUUUCAAAAGACGGGGCCUAGAAGGGAGAAUUUCCAGUUACAAAGAAUCCGUGAAUCUGAACGAAGUAGCAAACGCUAACGCUUCAAACUCUUUAUCACUGUCAAGGAAGAUAGACCAAGAGAGUAACACUCUUAGGGGUUCCACCGCGCAUCUUCCCUUCACACCAGGUGGCCUUUCAAUGACAACGUUAAAUCAACCAGACGAUGUCAGUGCAAUGGCAGCUGCGACAAAACUGCUGCAUAGAGACGAACAGGGCCUCUUUGAUGUUCCACAAGGUUUAGAGCGAGGAAUAAUCCCACAGGAAGUCGCAAUUCAAGAUUCGCAUGAAAUUCAGGAACUGAAUACGUUGAAUGAAAUUGAUAAUGAAGCGGAAAAUAUAAGGGAGAUAGAAGAGAGUCGUGAGCUCGAAGAACAAAAUGUGGGUGAGCAAACAAAUAGAUCCAUUUUGAAAACCCAAAGCAGUGAAGAACAAGAUGGCAACAUUGACGAUUUGCUUCCUAUUGGCAUAGAUUUUGGUCGGACCAUUCGCACGGCAAAAGACCUUUUCAGUCACAAAGACUGGGCUCAUGUGGUAGAUUUGAAUCAUAAGAUUGACAACUUCGAAGAAUUAGUUCCAAAUCCGGCCAGAACGUGGCCAUUUGAACUGGAUGUAUUCCAAAAAGAAGCAGUAUAUCAUUUAGAACAAGGUGAUUCCGUGUUUGUUGCUGCACACACGUCAGCUGGUAAAACAGUGGUCGCGGAGUAUGCGAUCGCUAUGUCAAAGAGAAACAUGACAAAAACAAUCUACACCUCCCCGAUUAAAGCUUUAUCUAAUCAAAAGUUUAGAGAUUUCAAAGAAACUUUCGAGGAUGUUGAUGUCGGGUUGAUUACUGGUGACGUUCAAAUAAACCCAGAGGCUAACUGUCUAAUCAUGACUACCGAAAUCUUAAGGUCUAUGUUGUAUCGCGGUGCUGAUCUAAUCAGAGAUGUCGAAUUUGUUAUUUUCGAUGAGGUACACUACGUCAAUGAUCAAGAUCGUGGUGUUGUCUGGGAAGAAGUCAUUAUCAUGCUUCCUCAACAUGUUAAGUUCAUUCUUCUUUCGGCAACUGUUCCCAAUACAUUUGAAUUCGCCAAUUGGAUUGGAAGAACAAAGCAAAAAAAUAUUUACGUGAUAUCCACUCCAAAGAGACCUGUUCCACUAGAGAUUAACAUAUGGGUGAAAAACCAACUCAUUCCAGUCAUCAAUGGGAAACGUGAAUUUCUCGAGUCAAAUUUUAAAAAGCAUAAGGAGCUCAUAUCUGGUAGCAGCACGCUGAAGGGCCCAGGUGGUGAUAAGAGUAAAAAUAGUACUAAUUCUCGCGGUGGUGCUGCGCGUGGAGGCGCCGCUCGUGGUGGGAGAGGAAGAGGGGGGUCUCGUGGCGCUGGUGCAGUGGGUUCAAAUAGAAGCGAAUUUUACAAGAGAAGUGCUCCUAACAAGAAAACGUGGCCUAAUUUGGUCAACUAUUUGAAGUCUCACGACUUGCUACCCGCAGUAAUUUUCGUAUUCAGCAAGAAGCGGUGCGAAGAAUACGCAGACUGGCUCGAGGGAGUGAAUUUUUGCGGUAACAAGCAACGUUCCCAAAUCCAUAUGUUUGUUGAAAAGUCCAUCACACGUUUAAAAAAGGAAGAUAGAGAUUUGCCUCAGAUCUUAAAGAUGCGUUCUUUGUUGGAACGAGGUAUCGCCGUACACCACGGUGGCUUGCUACCAAUUGUGAAAGAGCUUAUAGAGAUGUUAUUUGCAAAGGGCCUUGUAAGUGUCCUUUUUGCGACUGAGACAUUCGCAAUGGGAUUAAAUUUACCAACCAGGACUGUUGUCUUCAGUGAAAUUCAGAAACAUGAUGGGAAUAGUCUCCGAAAUUUGAAUCCUGGUGAAUUCACCCAAAUGGCUGGGAGAGCUGGUCGGAGAGGUAUCGACGAAACUGGUACCGUUAUUGUAAUGUCCUACACAUCUCCUAUAGAGCAAGUUUCAUUUAAAGAGGUUGCACUAGGUGUCCCUACUAAGUUACAAUCUCAGUUCAGAUUAACAUACAAUAUGAUCUUAAAUCUUUUAAGAAUUGAAGCAUUGAGGGUUGAAGAGAUGAUCAAAUACUCAUUCAGUGAGAAUAGUAAACAGACUCUACUACCUGAACAUGAAAAAAAGAUUAAAGAAUUACAAAGGCAAUUAGAUAGUAUUGAGCUUUACGAAUGUCCUUGCUGCAGGAAUGAUAUUGACAAAGCACUUGAUGCCACUAUCAAAUACAAAGAGUACACGAAGGAUAUCAUGAAAGAGCUGAGUAAUGGUAGUGCGAUUUUUCGGAUUUUGAAUGUAGGGAGACUUGUUCUGUUCCGAGAUGACAAGGACUGUCCUAAACUCGGAUUUAUAUUCAGAAAUACCCCCAAAGAACACCAGACUGUGGUGAUGACAAUUACUGAGCCAAAUACAUUGGAAGAUGGAAACCCUAAUCAUCUUCCUUUCCUUUCCACAUUACCAGACUUUGUGAAACACAAUUUCCGUGCUUUCAAAGAGACAGAAUUUUAUAUGGAAAGCAUUUCGAUCUCACAAAUCGAAAUAGUAAGUGCAUUCACACUCAACGUUCCUAUGACUGACAUAAUGAAGCAAGAACCAGAAGCCAUGAAGAAGUUCCAUAGUGAAGUGGCGCUAAUUUUAAAGAUUGUGAGGAAGCUUCGCGAAACCAAAUAUGAGAAGAAGGGCAGUUUGAAAAUCCACCAAGCAAUUCUUGACAGGGAAAAGGUAAAGAUUGAAUUUGCUGCGUUGGAUUGUUUAAGGUGUAAAAACUUUGCCAAGCAUUUCCUGCCCAGGUAUCGCCAAUUUGAAAUUGAAAGAGAGAUAAAGUCAUUAUAUCAUUUGAUGUCUGAUCAAAACCUAAAUUUACUGCCAGAUUAUGAACAACGUUUGUCAGUUUUGAAGGAAACAGGAUUCAUUGAUCACAAUCACAAUGUGUUACUCAAGGGAAGGGUUGCUUGCGAGAUUAAUUCGGGUUAUGAAUUGGUUCUAACAGAGUUAAUUUUGGAUAAUUUCUUGGGCGACUUCGAGCCGGAGGAAAUUGUUGCCCUUCUAUCAGUAUUUGUCUAUGAAGGGCGGACAAGAGAAGAUGAACCACCUGUCACAACACCAAGGCUAGGCAAGGGUAAAAAGAGGAUUCAGGAAAUUUAUCAACAGAUGCUAUCUGUAUAUGAAAAGCAUCAGGUUCCGCUUACCCAGGAAGAAGCGGAGUUUCUGGAUAAGAAAAGGUUUGCAUUAAUGAAUGUGGUCUAUGAAUGGGCUAGGGGUUUAUCUUUCAAAGAAAUUAUGGACAUGAGCGUCGAAGCAGAGGGAACAAUUGUUAGAGUCAUCACAAGAUUAGAUGAAAUCUGUCGCGAGGUCAAAACAGCUUCCAUUAUCAUUGGUAACUCCAGUUUGCAUAUGAAAAUGUCUCAAGCCCAAGAGCUCAUCAAGAGAGACAUUGUUUUCGCUGCAAGUCUGUACUUGUGA